UUAUUCGGUGCACUUUAAAAAAAAAAGUGGUGCUCUGUGAAAUCAUGCAGUAAAAAAAAGACUAUAUUUCUCAGUUGGAUUUUUAUCGUCAAUGUACGACUGUAAAUAAAUAAAUAUAUCAGUGGAUAUAAUUUUCAAUGAGAAAUAGAAAACACUUGCUGAUUUUUUAAAACGACCAUUACUCACUGCUAUUUAACUUACUGGUGAUGAGAACUGUAUUAUUUUUGCCACAUUAAGCAUUGUGAUAAAUUUUUGUUGACGUCUGUAGCCUAGAGAGUAGAUGUUUGUUUCUGAUUAAACCAACUUGUGUUUUUUGUUCGUUUGUGCAGCCUUAUAUUGCUCCGUUUAAGCUGUUUUGUGGUUGUGGUUUAGCAGUCAAUCAGUGGGCAAAGAAGUGAGAAGGAGUUCUCCUCUUCGAGAGCAAAGUCUUUCCUGACUGACUGCCUACCAUGAGUUUUGUGGAAUAUUCAGAUUUUAUCCAAGACGGAGAUGUUGCCAUCGUUCAUCUGGGCCACAACUCAAUGACGCCUGUCAAAGUGCAGCAUGGCGCUCAGACGCAGACACGCUAUGGAGUGAUCCGCCAUUCCACAGACCUUAUUGGUCAGCGCUACGGCUCAAAAGUGACCUGUAGUAAAGGCGGAUGGGUGCAUAUCCUUCACCCCACACCGGAGCUGUGGACCGCCUCGCUGCCUCACCGCACCCAGAUUCUCUAUACCACAGACAUCGCCAUGGUUACAAUGAUGCUGGAGCUGAAGCCAGGAUCAGUCGUUUGCGAGUCAGGUACAGGUAGUGGAUCCCUCUCCCAUGCCAUCCUACGCACCAUUGCCCCCACGGGCCACCUGCACACAGUGGAGUUCCACCAGCAGCGAGCAGAAAAGGUGGUCGAGGAGUUCAAGGAGCACCGUGUGGAUCACUUGGUAACCGUCAGGAACCAGGAUGUAUGCAAGGACGGGUUUGGAGUGACAGGGGUCGCAGACGCAGUCUUCCUGGACAUCCCCAGCCCCUGGGAGGCAGUGGGACAUGCCAAGGCUGCUAUGAAGAAGCAUGGAGGGCGGCUGUGCUCCUUCUCGCCGUGCAUAGAGCAGGUUCAGAGGACAUGUGAGGCACUGACGGAGCAGGGCUUUAAGGAGAUCAGGACACUGGAAGUGCUGCUGAGAAUCCACAACGUUCGAGCCGUCACCCUACAACUACCUAACUUCGGCCCGGACUCCUCCUCUCAGGCAGGCCCAGAAGCCAUGGAGGAGGCCCCUCCCUCUGCUACUCCAGACCACGCCUCAUUAAAACUGAAGACCACCGCCCCACUCAGAGAAAUGCCUGGUCACACAGGGUAUCUCACCUUUGCCACCAAACCAAGAACCUGAAGUCUGGAAGCAGCUACCAGUCACCUGUUUGUUGCUUGCAUCAAGCAGAUGUUAAAAUUAGUUUAUUCUGACAAAUAGUGGAUGUAUAACAUUCUGAUUUUUAAAGGUUACCUUUUAUACCUGCUUUUACUUUUGCGGUGUAUUUGUUUUUAAUUUUUUUUUCAUUGUGGUUGUGGUGCAAGGACAGACAAUAACGGGUGAAAUGUUUUUUUGUUGUUUUUCAGACUGUAACCUACUUAACUUUACCAUAUAAGUGGAAGCAGUGGAGAAUACUUGAACAUAAAAAAUAAUAAAUUAACUAAAAGUUU